AUGGCGUUCUCCAUUGUUCAGACAGCUCUCUCUUCUACGAUGACCGUCCCCCUAUCUUCUGCUUUGAUCUGUCGGAAAACGAUGAAACAUGCUUCGACAUUGUUCAGUUUUUCGUCUAGCCUGUUGAGUGUCAGAUCUUACAAUUCCCUUUCCACCAGAAAAUCACUACUGAGUGAAACCUUAUCAUCAAUCAAUCGGGGUGCUAUGAUGAAAAGGAUGAGCAGUAGUAUCCAUACUAGUGUUCCUUACAGUUUGGCGCCAAAAACCGCGCCGUGGCUAUCAAGAACCUCUCCCUGGCUUAUGCUGCCGCCAAUCUUCACCGGAGAGGGUGAGCUGGUUUAUCAGUUUUACAUCCUUGGCGAGAACCGAGUGAUGACUCUCGUGAGGGGAGACCGAGAAUUUUGGCAAGACAAAGAUUAUAGCAUCGUGGGAUCAUCGUACGGCUGGCUUUUCUUGUUUCACAAGAAAAGCUGCGACCUUAUCCUCUCCAAUCCCCUUUACGGCAGCCACGUAAGGCUUCCAUCCAUCCGCACAUUACCGGAUAUUCCGAAAAGGCACUUGGCCCUUGGCUUCAGGUCCCUGCAUGACGUCAUCAUCUCCAGCUCCAGCCCCGAUGACGACGACGAAUGCCGCGCGCUCGUCACUUUCGGCCCCCGCCGAAGACUGGCUUUCUGCUGCCCCAACAACAGCAGUUUGGAGUGGACUGUGCUAGGCGAUAAGACAGACUACGAUGCCUGUGUUUACUCCGCCAAACAAAAGCUCUUCUUCUGUUUCAGAGAUGGAUAUUAUCAAGGUAUCAACGAGAAUAAGGAUCCUCGUCUGGAGGCUUGGGACCUCAGAGACCCUCAUUCUCCAAGGAUGAUUCCCAUGCCUUUGUCUUUUGAUAAGAACAACUACCCCACUGCCUACAGAUCAGAGCAAGAGCACAAACAAAAAGAUCAUCUCGCAAUAUGGGACGCCAUAUUACUAGCGGUUGCCGAGCCAACGGGCCAGCUUUUUCAUGUGAGACGGUUUACCAAGGACUGGGUUGGGGCCGAUGGCUACUACACCAAGGAUGAGUAUUAUGGGCCCAAGACAGGGAUCUACACGGAUCCUCCGUACACGACAGUUGGUUUCGAUGUUCACAGAUACGACCCGGAGACUGGCUCCCUGGUUUACAUGGACCGCUCUCUGGAUGGGCUGGCCCUUUUCAUUGGCUCUAAUAACGGGUUUGGGCUCCCAGCUGCCGACUUCACUGAGCUGAAGCCCGAUUCCAUUUACUACACAGAACCCCCGAGGUGGCGCAAUGGUUGCCAUCAUGUUGACGUUUAUAAUUAUGAUGCUGGCAUCUUCAAUUACAGAGACGAGACAUUUGCGCCCUGCUUCUAUCCUGUUGAUGUGCAGAGCAGUGUACGGGUUAGUGGGCCAAAGUGGUUCACCCCUACCCCGCUCGUUAGGUUCCCGUUUCUCGUGCAGAAUGAUGACGGCAUGUUGUCGUACGGAUCCUCUUGUUCCAGUAUCCCACCAAUCAAAGACCAUUCCCAAAACUAG